UUAUACACCUGCGUAUAGCUUGAUCAUCACGUAUUGAAUAUUGCAAUGCAACACACGAGUGGUAGUGGUUGCCUUUGGUGGUUAGCGUAGGCAUGGGUGUCCAUGUUUCGACAACCUGUUAGGUUUUCCUUUUGACAUUUGUCUUGUCGAGUUUUCUUCAAGUCAGCUGUGUUUUGUGUGGUGUGUGCAUGUGUCAUGAUGAUGAUUUUUGACUUCAUCGCGUAACUGUUAAUCUGUUCAUCACCCACCACCAUCAUGGCGAGUUUACGAGAGAGAAGUCCCGGACCGGGCCGUUCGCAUGACCCCGACGGGGCUGAGAGCUCGUCAGGCCCGGGCAGGCCGGCAGCCGGCUACGCUAGCACGGCAACAACAACGGGGCAAAGGGAAACUGGCCCGACAGACAGCAGUGAAAAGCAGUCCACGGCCAGGAGAAAACCCACCCACACCGCCAAGACUUUGUUUCUAGACAACUUUCAAGCCACUGUGACUUACUGCAGCGUGUUUUGGAGUUUCGGGAUGUGUGUGGCUUUACUUGGACCGACCCUUUUAGAUCUCGGUUGUCAGACGGGGAGCAGUGUGGCCAGCAUGAGUUGGGCAUUUCUGUCUCAGUCACUGAGCACCUUGAUUGGGUCCAUGAUUGGGGGAAUGCUUUCAGACAGGUUUAGCCCAGACCCCCUCCUCUUCCUAUCCACCAUCAUGAUAUCGGCAAACAUCGCCCUCAUCCCACUGUGCAAUCACCUGUACCUACUCAUCAUGGACAUGGCCAUCAUGGGCAUCUUCAUGGGAAUCAUCGACACUGUCGCAAACGUCUCGCUUCUCAAGAUCUACGGCAAGUUGGUGUCGCCCUUCCUUCAGGCGCUGCAUUUCUGCUACGGCCUGGGGGCCUUCAUAAGCCCCAUCGUGGCUGAGCCCUUCCUCCUCAACGAAGACUGCUCCCCGUUCAUAGACAACAGCACCUCCAGCUCUGACCCGCUGAUCCCCAUUGUAGAGCGAGACGACGGGAGCCGGGUUACCGAGCAGCCGCCGGUAUCCAUCGAGACGCUACAAGACGCUCAGGACAACACCAGGGUGCGAUACGCCUUCUGGAUCAUGUCUGCAGUACAGAUUCCCAAUUUGAUGGUCUUUUUACUACUGAUGAGGAAAAAGUGUCUGGAUCCGCUAUUGGGGAGGGAUUCCAGCUCAACCAAACUGGACCGAUCGAUGUAUGAGGAUUUAGAUGGAGACACAGACGAGGUGGCCACCACGGCCCAAGAAGGCCAAGCAGGCCAGACGGGUCCUUGCUGCACCAGCACCUACUCCAAAGUCAUCUCGGUCACGCUCCUGUCCUCCUCCCUUCUCUUCCUGUACGAUGGCCUGCAGGCUGCUUACGGCGGUUUCAUCUUCGCCUACGCCAUGAAGAACGUGGCCAUCAAGCUCUCGGCUACGGACAGCGCCUAUAUCACAUCCGUCUACUGGGGCUGCUUUGCCCUGGGCCGACUGCUCUCCAUCCCCAUCUCCACUAAGCUAUCGCCGGGGGCCAUGCUCAUGUGUAAUCUGAUGGGAUGUUUUGGGGCUCUGACGCUAUUGGUGUGUAUGCGAGACAACUACGUGGUUGUCUUCAUUACGUCGGGUGUGUUUGGGUUGUCACUCAGUAGCGUCUACCCUACGGUCAUAGCACUGGCUGAGCAGUACAUCCACAUGACAGGGUUUGUGACCAGCUGUGUAGUGAUAGGCGCUGCCACAGGAGAAAUGGCGUUUCCCGUCAUCGUAGGCAGGGUUUUCUUCCCCAUUCAGCCCUACAUCUUCCUUAUAUUCUGUCAAGCUGUUAGUGUGGUUGGCAUCAUUGUUCUCAUAGUUCUGAUAAUCGUCGGUCAUUUUCCAAAGACGGCACCCGCCGUUGUGCAGGCCCAGAAUGCCUUCAUGUGGUGUCGUGCCUGCUGCAUCACCAGCAGGACCCAGGGGCCCAUGGCCGACCACUCCAAGUACUUCACCAGCCUGGCCGACACCCAGAAGGCCUACCUGGUCGUCGGUUCCCCCGAACAGAUCCCAUUGGAGAAGAUUCCCAUCACCACGGCAACCCCGGAAGCCAAGAAGGAAACAUGAUGAGCCAUGACGGCUUCCACUCAUAUUUAGGCUUGGGCGACUCUGUGCCAAGAAUCAAAUACACUUGAUUCCAAAUUUUGAAUUUGUACAUGUACCAUGAGUUUUUCUUUUGAAUCUUCUCUCCGUCUUGACGACUUCGUGCACAAAUUCCCCCCUCAACAGUUACAAAAGAGAAAGUUGGGGGAGGCCACUGGGAGGGGCUUUUGAUAGACCUUUAUCAUGCCACCACCAUUUCAGUCAUGUUCCCUGUAUCCAAUAACAGUACUGAAUGAUAAUGUAUUUUGUACAAAAA